AUGGCCAGCUUCAGGCGUUUUGCCGACCUGCCCAAAGAGCUAAGGGAUAUGAUAUGGGACUAUGCUAGUCACCGCAACCUGUGCGGCGUCCAGAUAUUUGAACUUCGGACUCCCGAACCUAAGCGAGAUGGCGAAACUUCCGGCGCCACGACCUCGGGCAUUCGACCGCCCAGGCACCUGCUCGAUGCACCACUACCGAGCAAAUGCUUCCCUGCUCUUGACGGAAGCCCAGGCAACUCGAAUGCCUCUAGAUACAUGGCGGACGUAGGAUUAUGGACUGCCUGUAAAGAGUCACGGGGCGUCAUGGAGAAGGCCACGCGGGGAACGAAGAAAAUCCUUGAAAUGCAAGCAAAGCAGAGAUAUCUGUACUCCCCGUGGCAGGAACAUGUGCCCGCGAGUAUCUCUUUCAGCACUUCACAGCGACUUCUGGUUCAGCCCCACGCAGAUCUCUUUGUGAUUCAGCCCAGCAAGAUCGAGGACAUCGACUGGUCACAGGUGGCUCGUGACAUCCGAAACCAGCUGCAGCCCAGAGGAUUCCGGUUCGGAAUUCAUAUUGGGAUCGAAUUGGAUGGCCAGUGGGGAAUCCGUCAGUCUGAUGAUUAUCUCUACCUGUUGUGCGACGCCUUUCGAGACAUCCGAGCCCAGUUAUGGAUAAUCGACCAUAACCUCAAAAUCAGAGAAGACAUCGACAAGAAUGAAAUCAAUAGCGGCAACAGAGUCUUCUAUACUUGCGACAGAAGGUUUGUAGAAGUCGAUUGGAAAAGACAAGGUCUGAAACACUGGCGAUAUAUCAAGCCACUUGAAAGAAAAUGCGGAUUUACUGGUGAAUACGAGUCUUCAAUCAGCCUUGCGGAGCGUUUGGACAGGAAAGCAGCUGAUUGUGUUUCCGAUUACCAUGUCUAUGGUCAGUAUGGAGAAGCAGAAGAUGCGAGAUUCAACUGCGAGGUUAAACUUCUUGGCUGGGAUGACCUAUGA